GUGUUUCUAAUGUUGCAUAAACCCUAGUGCCAAAGCGAGUAUAGGGGGUGGGGUUUCUCUGCAACUAGGGAACUCGCUCACAGUCACCAUGGAAGGCAUUGGAAUGGAGGAAGGGCUUGCAGAGCCCAUAUAUAACCCCACCGAUGACGGAGAUUUAUGCAAUUCAAUCUUCACGCGUUUUAGCAACUCUACGAGCGAGGACCACCAGCACCUUUGUGCCGUCAUCGGAGCCAUGUCCCAGGAACUCAAGGACCAGAACCUCCCAACUACCCCUAUCACCUACUUCGGCGCCACUUGCUCGUCUCUCGACCGCCUUUCCUCGGAGUCUGGACCGCCAUACCACGUCAUCGAGGCCCUACUCACCAUCCUGUCAAUGCUUCUUCCUAGAAUGUCAGUCGCAAUUCUCAGCAAAAAGCGAGAAUUUGUAUCGGGUCUCGUCGUCCGUGUUCUCCGAUUGAAAUCGUUGACGAUUGGUGCCGCCACGUCGGGAUUGAAGUGUAUCUCUCAUUUGUUGGUCAUCAAAGACAACGUGAACUGGUCGGAAAUUUCUCAGCUGUACUCGCUUUUGUUAGGUUUCGUCACCGAUUUGCGCCCUAAGGUUAGGAGGCAGUCAAUUAUAUGUCUUCGUUACGUUUUAGAAAAUUUUCAAGGCAAAUCUUUAGUGGCACCUGCAAGCGAAGGGAUUACGAAUAUAUUCGAAAGGUUUCUUCUUCUUGCUGGUGGAUCAAAUCCAGAUAGCGAUGAAGGACCAAAAGGCGCCCAGGAGGUCCUAUAUAUUCUUGAUGCUAUGAAAGACUGUCUUCCACUUAUGUCAACGAAGUACACAACCAUUGUAAUAAAAUACUUCAAAACACUCUUGGAACUCCACCAACCCCUUGUCACAAGGCGUAUAACUGAUAGUUUGUCUUUGUUCUGCCUCAACCCGAACUCUGGGGUUUCUGUUGAAGUACUACUCGAUCUCUUAUGCUCCUUCGCUCUCUCUGUAGCAAGUGAAACUUCCGUUGACAGCAUGGCAAUCACUGCUCGCUUGCUUGAUGUUGGGACGUCCAAAAUUUUUUCAGAGAAUAGACAAAUAUGUGUUGUUAAACUCCCUGUUGUGUUCAAUGCUCUCAGAGAUAUAUUGGCAUCUGAACAUGAAGAGGCCAUUCGUGCAGCUGUGAACACACUGAAGAGUCUGAUACAUACUUGCAUUGAUGAAAAUUUGAUGAAACAGGGAGUGGAUCAAAUAACCAAGAGUAUAAACAUGGAUGCUAGGAAGUCUGGUCCAACUAUUAUUGAAAAACUGUGCGCUACUACAGAAAGCUUACUUGGCUAUCAUUACAUUGCUGUUUGGGACCUUGCAUUUGAAGUCGUUUCAUCAAUGUUUGAUAAACUAGGGAUUUAUUCUUCUUAUUUCAUGAGAGGAACAAUGAAGAGCUUGGCAGAUAUGCAGAAUUUGCCAGAUGAAAGUUUCCCUUUCAGGAAACAGUUGCAUGAGUGCCUUGGAUCAGCUGUUCGUGCAAUGGGACCUGAAACUUUCUUAGGCUUUCUACCUCUAAAUUUGGAGGCUGAAGACCUAAGCGAGGUAAAUGUUUGGGUCUUUCCUAUUCUGAAGCAGUACAUUAUUGGUGCUCGUUUGAGCUUCUUUGUGGAGGCUAUUUUGGGUUCAGUUGGACAGAUGAAGCAGAAAUCUCAGCAGCUUGAGCUGCAAGGACGGACUUAUGCAUCAAGGAGUCUGGAUGCACUGGUAUACUCUUUAUGGUCCUUGCUGCCUUCAUUUUGCAACUAUCCUUUGGACACUGCUGAAAGUAUCAAGGAUCUGGAGAAAGCUCUAUGUAGUGCCCUCCAUGAAGAGCCCGAUGCUCGUGGAACAAUAUGCUCCAGUUUGCAGAUCUUAAUAAGACAGAAUAAGAAAAUUCUGGAAAAUAAGAAUGAUCCAUAUGAUCUGUCGGAUUCUGAGUUCAAUCCUGUGAGGGACCGACUUGUAGCUUACUAUACGGCACAGGUUGCUGCAGAUAACUUAAGUGCACUUAGGUCAUCCGCUCAUGCAUUACUGUCUGUUUUGUCUUCGGUCUUCCUCAAAUCAAAAAAAGAUGAUGGAGGUUGCUUGCAGGCGACAAUUAGUGAGUUUGCUUCAAUAGCAGAUAAAGAAGUUGUGUCAAAAAUUUUCAAAAGAACGAUGAAGAGACUUUUAAAUGUCACUCUAGUUGCGGGUAAAGCAGAACAUUCAAGGAAUUCUAGUUCUAUGCAGGUUGAUGAUUCAUCAGAUCAGAAUUCAGCAUCGUUCAUGAGAGCACAACUUUUUGACUUAGCUGUUUCACUUUCGCCUGGUUUGAACACUGAAGAGAUUGAAGUUUUAUUUGUCCCAAUAAAGGCUGCAUUACAGGAUGGUGAAGGUCUGAUCCAAAAGAAGGCAUACAAAGUCCUCUCAGUUAUGCUCAGGAACUGUCAUGGGUUCCUUUCAUCAAAGCUUGAGGAAUUGCUUCAACUUAUGAUUGAUGUGCUGCCUUCAUGUCAUUUUUCGGCCAAGCGGCACAGACUGGAUUGUCUGUACUUCCUAAUAGUCCAGGUUUCCAAGGAUAACAUCGAGCAGAGAUGGCAUGACAUCAUAAGUUCUUUCCUAACUGAAAUUAUACUUGCCCUGAAGGAGGCUAACAAAAAAACAAGAAACAGAGCCUAUGAUAUUCUUGUUGAAAUUGGCCAUGCUUGUGGGGAUGAAGAGAAAGGCGGGAAAAGAGAAAACUUGUAUCAAUUUUUCAACAUGGUAGCUGGACGCUUGGCUGGUGGAACUCCUCAUAUGAUCAGUGCUGCAGUGAAAGGCUUAGCUCGCUUGGUUUAUGAGUUCUCUGACCUUGUUUCAACUACUUCAAAUUUGCUUCCUGCAACAUUUUUACUUCUUCAAAGAAAGAACAGAGAAAUAAACAAAGCUAAUUUAGGUCUAUUAAAGGUUCUAGUGGCCAAAUCAAAGGCCGAGGGUCUGCAAUCACACUUGAAAAGUAUGGUGGAGGGUUUGCUGAAGUGGCAAGAUGACACCAAGACGCACUUCAAAGCUAAGGUUAAACAACUAUUGGAAAUGCUUGUCAAGAAAUGUGGGCUGGACGCUGUCAAGGCUGUGAUGCCUGAGGAACACAUGAAACUCCUUACCAACAUACGGAAGAUCAAGGAACGAAAAGAGAGGAAACAAACUUCUAAAUCCGAGGAAGUUCGAUCGCAUGUCUCGAAAGCAACUACAUCCAGGCUAAGCAGAUGGAACCAUACGAAAAUAUUUUCCGAUUUUAGUGAUGAAGAAACAGAGAACAGUGAUGCAGAGUAUACAGGUUCCAAAACAGUUUCUGGUAGACGGGGCAAGGCUUCUUCACAACUGAAGUCCAAAGCAUCUUUAUCCCGGUCGAGGAGUAGAGUAGAUAAAAACUUGCCAGAACACUUUGUUGACCAAAUAGAAGAAGAGCCACUAGACUUGCUUGAUCGACAGAGAACUAGGUCAGCUCUUCAAACAAUGGAAAACUUAAAACGGAAAAAAGCUGAUGAUGAGCCAGAGAUAGAUUCUGAUGGGCGCUUGAUAAUUCAUGAACUGAAGCCAAAGAUGGAGAAGGCAUUCCAGCCUGAGUCAGAUGGUUGGAGUGAAGCAGGUAGUUACAUGUCUGUAAACUCAAAGCGAAAUCAGAAGCGCCAGAAAACAUCCGACUCUGGAUGGGCCUAUACGGGGAAUGAGUAUGUGAGCAAGAAGGCAGCUGGAGAUGUGAGUAGGAAGGACAAGCUUGAACCAUAUGCAUAUUGGCCGCUAGAUCGCAAGAUGAUGAGCCGUAGACCACAACAUCGGGCAGCUGCAAGGAGAGGGAUGGCCAGUGUGGUAAAGAUGACAAAGAAGCUUGAAGGCAAGAGUGCCUCUAGUAUACUGGGAGUUAAAAAGGGCCAUAAGAAAAACAGCAAGAAAAAAAGAUCAGCUAAAUAAGCAAUAAAAUUGGUUUGUAUUGUUUAUUUACCCUAUAAGCUAUUAUUAAUAGAAGCAUCCCUGUGUUGAGAAAUUUCUCUAGGCAGUACUGGGUAGACAGGGUCGCCCUCAUUUUUGGGACAGUCAUACAUGUGUAUGUAAUUACAAUCUAAAAUUUUGAUUUCACAAAAUGAAAAUUCUUUUGUUUUUUA